CUCCAACUCCUCCGGCUACCACGGCGGCCAGGCACCGGCCGCGAACGACGCCUCGUUUCAGCCGCAGCAGCCUUACAACCAGGUGACGCCUAACCGGAUAUCUCAACCCCAAAACCAUGGAGCUGAACCUCAGCACCCGGGUCUGGGUAUCUACUAUUCCAGCUCUACCUUACCUGCGCCGCGGCACAGCUCUCCCCUGAGCUCCAUGCAGUCCUCUGGCUCUACCACCGGCUCGUCCAGCAAGCUCCAGCGCCUGGGCUCGUCCGGGGACGCCCCCGCCUAUGCCACCACCCAGCGCCCGCCCGUGACCUCCUCUCCCAAGCCUUCUCCCGCCAGGCUUGCCAAGUCCUACAGCAGCAGCUCCCCUAUCAAUUCGGUCGGCGGCACGGCCUCGUGUUCGCCGGGACGACUGGCCUCUCCGCAGAACAACGCCUCAUCGCUGAACCAGCAGCUCAGCGUGGGCAGCUACGCCACACUCUCGCCCCCUAAGAGGCUGCACUCUUCGGAGCAGUAUAAGAUCUCUCACGAGCUGUACGCCACCGCUACGCUCCAGAGGCCCGGCAGUCUCGCUGGAUCACGCAGCUCAUACAGCAGUCAACACAGCCAUGCAGGGUCUGACCUGAGGCCCCUGCAGUCCCCGGAGCACCACAUCGAACCCAUCUAUGAGGACCGCGUCUACCAGAAAGGCCCAAUGAGGAGCCUAAGUCAGAGUCAAGCGGAACCCCUUCCCCCUGGACACACUGGCACCUACCGUACCAAUACAGCCCCGUCCUCCCCCGGUGUCGACUCCGUCCCCCUGCAGCGGACAGCCAGCCAGAACGCGUCCGGGACCUUUCCUCGGGGAGGCUACGCCAGCUAUGUCGAGCCGUACCGCACCCUGCAGUACUGUUCCUCCGUGGAGUCUCCUUACAGCAAAUCCGGCCCCGCCAUACCUCCCGAGGGCCCCCUCGCCCGCUCGCCCUCCAUCGAUAGCAUACAGAAGGAUCCGAGGGAGUUUGGCUGGCGAGACCCCGAGCUGCCGGAAGUCAUCCAGAUGUUGCAGCAUCAGUUCCCCUCGGUCCAGUCCAACGCAGCUGCGUACCUACAGCACCUGUGCUUCGGGGACAACAAGAUUAAAGCUGAGAUUCGGCGGCAGGGUGGCAUACCUUUGCUGGUAGAUCUGCUGGACCACAGAAUGGCCGAAGUCCACCGCAGUGCCUGUGGAGCUUUGAGGAACCUUGUUUACGGCAAAGCUAACGACGACAACAAGAUCGCUCUGAAAAACUGUGGUGGAAUUCCAGCCCUGGUGCGUCUGCUGAGGAAGACCUCGGAUGUGGAUAUCAGAGAGCUGGUCACAGGUGUGUUAUGGAAUCUCUCGUCAUGCGAUGCCCUGAAAAUGCCCAUCAUCCAGGACGCUCUUGCUGUCUUGACUAACGCGGUGAUCAUCCCUCUCUCGGCCUGGGACGUUUCCCCGCACCAGGAGGAUCGCAAGCUACAGAUGCACACUUCCCUCGUGCUGCGCAAUGCCACCGGGUGCCUGAGGAACGUCAGUUCGGCAGGGGAGGAAGCCCGGAGGCGGAUGAGAGAGUGCGAGGGGCUCACCGACGCCCUGCUUUUCGUCAUCCAGUCCGCACUAGGGAGCGGCGAGAUCGAUAGCAAGACCAUAGAAAACUGCGUGUGUAUCUUGAGGAACCUGUCGUACCGGCUUGCAGCGGAAACCUCUCAGGGACAGCAGAUGGGCACCGAGGAGCUGGACGGCCUGCUGUGUAGUGACUCCAAUGGCAAGGAUGCGGAGAGUUCGGGCUGCUGGGGGAAGAAGAAGAAGAAAAAGAAGUCGCAGGAUCAGUGGGAUGGCGUUGGCCCUCUCCCAGACACAGCCGAGCCUCCCAAGGGGAUCCAGAUGUUGUGGCAUCCUUCCAUCGUCAAGCCAUACCUCACGCUGCUGUCCGAGUGCUCGAACCCGGAUACACUCGAGGGGGCGGCAGGAGCACUGCAGAACCUGGCUGCCGGGAGCUGGAAGUGGUCGGUCUACAUCCGUGCAGCAGUGAGGAAAGAAAAAGGCCUGCCCGUCCUGGUUGAACUGUUGCGGAUAGACAACGACCGAGUGGUGUGUGCAGUGGCUACUGCCUUACGAAACAUGGCCUUAGACGUAAGAAAUAAAGAAUUAAUAGGAAAGUAUGCCAUGAGGGACCUGGUCCACCGACUGCCAGGAAGCAACAACACCGGCAGCAGCAGCGGUAAUGGCACUGCCAACAGCACAAUGAGCAAAACCAUGUCGGACGACACGGUGACGGCGAUCUGCUGCGCCCUGCACGAGGUCAUCACCAAGAACAUGGAGAACACCAAGGGCCUAAGAGAUGCCGGUGGCAUCGAGAAGCUUAUUGGGAUCGCCAGGAGCAAAGGAGAUAAACAUUCGCCCAAGGUGGUGAAAGCAGCGUCUCAGGUCCUAAGCAGCAUGUGGCAGUACAGAGAUCUGCGUAGUCUUUACAAGAAGGAUGGUUACUCACAGUAUCACUUUGUUGGAUCUGCUUCAACGAUAGAGAGGGACAGACAGAGACCCUACUCCUCCUCACGCACACCUUCAGUCUCCCCGGUCCGGACCUCCCCCAAUAACCGAUCAGCAAGCGCCCCCGCCUCACCCAGAGAGAUGAUCAGCCUCAAGGAGAGGAAGACCGAUUAUGACUCCACUGGAACCAAUGUUAGUUUCCAUGGAAACAAAGGCGAGCAAGCAUCCAGGAAAGACGCCACGGCAGCUCAGGUGUCAUGUGGGACCAACACACUGUUCCGUAAUUCGUACGCAACUCCGAAUGAAGACGUCAAAAACAACCAGGUGUGGAAAGACCAGGUAAUGAAUGACCAGGUCCCGGCUCACCCCCCUCCCCAAGAGAACCUCCGAAACGACUACGACGCCCUCCCUCCGUUUCAGAACUCUACCAGGAACUUUGAGGAGCCCUAUUUCGAGGAUCAGGUCCAUCGACCCGCCCCGGCGCCCGACCUCAGCAUGCACCUGGGACUCAAGUCCACUGGCAACUACGUGGACUUCUACUCGGCCGCCCGUCCCUACAGCGAACUGAACUACGAGACGAGCCACUACCCCGCCUCGCCCGACUCCUGGGUGUAGGAGUUUUUUUUUUUUUUUUUAAACUCCGGUGACCCUCGACGGGGUCUGGAAGACUGUGCAUGUGCAUGCAU